GGCGACGAUCUGCGCCCGGUUCGUGGCAUCAUCACGCGAAACUUGGGUCAGUCAAUGGUGGAGAUAACCGAUUUGACAGAUGCAUCUGUCCACCGACGGCACAUAGACCAGAUACAUUUCAGAAACGAACGAACUGUCAGUGCAUCGGAACCCCAUGAUAAAAAGGAUAACCCUAACAAUUCUGAACUGCCUGAAUCUGACACUACGGUUCCCCAGUGUCACAGUGUGGAACACGAAGUUGCAGUAGAACCGGCGGAAUCGGAAGCCUCGACCAACGCAACACUAAGGAGAUCACAACAAAAAGCAAGUCAAAUUGAUGAGGCACUGUUGAGGGAGGAAAGUUGUGGUGAUCGUGUAACGAGUACGCACGCACCGCCGUACAGUUUCCAGCGAGUGGUUGCAAUAAUGGCACAAUCAGAAGAUAGUUUGUGGACAUCCAACUUCGGUUUGUGGAACAAUCCUAGCAGCGAUACGAAUGUAGGCGAUAUCUGGAAUGGUGGCGUUCCAUUAGCCACCGGUAAUACGAUUAACAGUUUUCAAAAGAUGAAUGGUUUAACUCCAUUCAUAGGAAAAGAUGUGGACAAACCGACCGAUGGUAUCAAACUACCUGAUGCAGUUGACAUACCCCCUGUUGCCGUAGCACCGGUUGAUUGUGGCCCUAGCGUGACCGCGCGAUCGGAUUCUACAUCAGAUAACAACUCCGUUAAGAAUAACGGUUCAUCCGAGGAUUCCGUCAAGACGUCUGCAUUUUCUACUGAACAACUUUGUGAUCACCUGAUCAAUUCAAACGAGGGUUGGGGGAAACGGCCUGUGGAUCAAUCAACACCCUGGGAUGCUUCUGAUGUAGCCCGCCCAGGGGCAGAUCAAUUAGGCCGCAGCGGAAUUACAACACCGACCCCCGGGUCUUGUUCUACUUCUACUUUGGUCGGCAACUUCCGAGUAGCACCACAGGUUCAACGCCACGAGUCAAACGUGUGGACGAGUGAGCCACCCACAGGUACCGGUAUUUGGGAGAUGCAUUACGAAAAUAAUGGUGCGCGGUCGACACUGUGGCCUGCUUCAACAAGCGCAAGUAGUGUUCCUGCAACGCCAAGCACCCAACCCAAUCCGCUUAUUCUCAUGAACAACAUGAGGACCGUACCACAGAACGGAACCCUCUUUCCACGAUCAGGAACUUAUCGCAAUUGGGAUGCCAGUGAGAAAGUGUGGAACAACGGAGGGACAACGCCAGCUAGUGUUCCUGGUCGUCCUGUGCUUGGUGGAACGCGAAACACUACCAUCGCCACACAUAAUACAAUCGAUGAAGGUAACUGGAACUCCGAGAGCAACUUUUGUAUGUUCUCCAAUUCAUCAAACUUUGAAGCCAGUGGAAAUUGCAAUUCGUGGGAUCCUGUACCUGGAAACAACACUGGUGUUCAAUGGAGUACUGCAAUAUCGACUGGCAGCUCUAACUUCUCUGUACCCCCGUUCGGUCCACCAAACUCAGAUGAUUUACGACGGCAGUUACCGAUAUCUACAUGCAAUCCUUCCAACAAUGAUCGCAUGCUGAUUCAUCCCUUCAGUAACACGUACCGUGCCGAUUUGGUAAAGUAUCUUAUGAGUCAGGGCUUCAAAAAAGAAGACGUACAGGCAGCACUUAUCGAUAGCAAUAUGGAACCUGAGCGGGCACUGCAUGAGCUUCGCGAGCGAUACAAUCCCUCUCGCUCAUUUGGUGUGAUGAACCAACCUUUGAAGAGCAACUUCCAUGGCGCUGCUGGAAAUCUGUCCCAGUUUUCCGGUAAUAGCACUUUCCCCGGAUCAGCUGGAUCGCUAGUUGGUGGCGGUGUCCAGAUUCCCAACUCCAAUAAUUUCAAUCGCAACAAGUUGAUCGGACCUAGUGUCACCAGUGCUAGCACCCAGUUGAUGUCAUUAUCUCCUCACCCGAACCCUCAACUGAUACGCCAACAAUUAACGCAACAGGUACGGUCCGCUUUAAAUCUGUCGGUUCCAACCCCACUGGCGGGCCCACUGGGGAAUGCAACAAGCGCCGGAGUAUCCGCAGGAAACUCUUUGUUGGGCCAACCCCCGCCUCCGUUACUAAAUGCUUCCAAUUUACUCUCAGCUCAUGCCCCUGGCAUGAAUCAACCGAUUGCGGCUAAUCCGACCAAUUCGUUUGCUCCUAGUCAGAACCGAACCGGUAGCAAUCACGCUACCUUUCCAAAUAACACUCCUCCAAAUUUACAUAAUGGAGGAGGACCGGCCACUCAGAGCAAACGUCAUGCGCGCCAGGCUGCGAUAUUCUCAGCCAUUCAAGAACUUCAGAAAAAGCGCCGAACUAUCGAACUUCAAGUGUGCAUGUACAAAAACAAUCCGACAAUGAGUUCUCAGCCUCAGUGCGCAGAAAUGGUCGCGGAGCUGCAAAGUCAGUUGCAGCAGAUCGAUGCACAGUUACGAGCCAAGAUGGCCCAACUUAACCUGGCCUCUGCUCAAGAUUCAUCAGUGAGUGCGAUUCGGGGACAAUCGGCAAACAACCCGGUGGAGGGUGUAUCAAUUGCUAACCAAACCCGAGUUCCCCAGGAUCAGCUAGUUCAACAGCUCAUGGAAAUGCAGCUCAAACCGGGACGACUUGGAAGUCCCGAAACCGCCGAUUCUGACUUCCCAACAAUUGGCACUUGGACACCACACACGAAAGCAAACACAGAACACCAAGAUAAAGUCAUGUUUCAGGAUUCCGUCGGUCCAAAACCAAUUACCGGAACACGCAAUGCCGCGGGCACGAGUGAAUCUCCCAACAACAAUACUAAUCAAAAUUGGACGGGUGGUUGGUCUUCAAACGGCAAUGCGCUCAAUACAAAUGUAAACAAUGUGCGUUCGGGUUUGGGUAACCUUUCAAACUGGCAACUUGGGCCGCGUGCAUUUUCCUCAAAUCUAGACGGUUCUGUGACCGGCAAUAAAACAGAGCCACAACAACAACCACAACCGCCGUCACAAAAUCAACAACCAGGAUCUCAAAACUCCGGUCAGUGGCUUUUAAUUCACUCGGCUCCGGGACACCACCAGGGUAAUAUGGACCUAAACCAAUUGCACAUGCUUCUAUCACAGUUUGGACUCACUAACUUCCACUUGCUCAACUCGUUCACUGGCUUGGUCCUGGUGCGAAUUCAAUCCACUGAGCUUUCUUUGCGCCUGAUGUACAAUCUAGCCGAUCGCUUCACCGUCGAGGCGAUUUCCGAACCGGAGGCAUUAACUCAUCUUCAACAGUUGAACGUUCGUCUUCGCCCCGAAAACCGCACAUCUGGUCAGUUCAGUCCAUUGGGUGAAAUGGGUAGUCUGCCCACCGGAACUGCUCCUAGUGGUUCCAAAUGGGUACCGUCAGACCCACCAUCCGCUUCCGGAUUCAACACAGUCCCAAUCAAUUCCAGGAAACCAAGCACUCACAAUACCCGCCUCGGUGUUAUGGUAUCCGGAAUUCAUUAG